AUAGGACGCGCUAUUCCAGCUGGUGCGUCGCCCCAGCCAUUCCCUUUGUCUGGUUCCCGCGCCGUCUGGGACAACCCCUAAGCCCGCCCGCCGGCCCCCCGCAGGAAAGGGACCGGCUUCGCCUGCGUUCCUGCGCCGUCGCCGCAUCUCCUACCCCACCCACGCGGGCCGUUUUUACGCGCUCUGCGCCUGCCGGGAAGGGGAUCGGCGAGUCCCCGGAUGGAGCCAAGAUGGUGGCGUUAGCGGUGCCUGGGCUGUCGGCCUUGAAGCGGCUUUGUAGCGUCGCGCUCUUCGUUUCGCAGCUCUACGUGUUCUCCGGCCGCGCAGGAUCCUUGAUGACAACAGAGCACUCGAAACAACAGUUUGUGUCUACAAAAGGUGUAACAUCUCCAAGUACAAGUACUCCAUAUACUAAAACAGAUUCUCAUACUCGUACUUCACACAGAACUGAUGCAGACCAUGGGAGGGGAAAGACCGGCAUCAGGAUCUUGAUCCAUUUCCCAGAGACUACAGAGAUCCCAUUUUAUGUGAGUAAGUGUCCCAGCAAUGGGCUGUGCAGCAAAUUGCCUCCAGACUGCAUGACUUGUAAAACAAACUUCUCCUGCGUAUAUGGGAAGCUAGCCACUUUUGAUUGCAAGAUUAAGCCACAAAUUCAUUGUAUUGAUCAGAGAAACAAUGAAGUGGAGAAUUUUACAAUCAACAUGACUUGCCAGUUUUGCUGGCAGCUUGAACCUGCUGAUUAUGUGUGUACCAAUUCUACAAGUUGCAUGACAGUCUCUUGUCCGAGACAACGAUAUAACGCCACUUGUACAGUACAUGAUCAUAUUCAUUGUCUAGGUAACCGUGUCUUUCCUAAGAUGCUUUACUGCAACUGGACUGGAGGCUAUAAAUGGUCUACAGCCUUGGCAUUAAGCAUCACCCUUGGUGGAUUUGGAGCAGAUCGUUUCUACUUGGGCCAGUGGAGGGAAGGUCUGGGCAAACUCUUCAGCUUUGGUGGACUGGGAAUAUGGACACUAAUAGAUGUGCUACUAAUAGGAGUUGGAUACGUGGGGCCUGCAGAUGGAUCUCUCUACAUUUAAGUACAUACAAAACAUGAUCCAGAGAAGAAUCAAAUUUGCGAAGGAGCCUAAAAAAAUAUAUAGAAAUUGGUCCUUAAAGGUAGAACUAGGAACACGUUCUCUGUGUGCGCAUAUUUUAAUGUACAGUAUCUGUACUUAGCCUGCCUUGAACUAAGGUAAAAUAAAUGAGUGGAUCACUUAACAGUGUUUGUUUGUAAUUAAUUUCCUUUGGCUUGCAAGUACUGUAUUUUUUUCUAUGAAAAAAGUUUAAGUUGCACAGCUAAACAAGUGGACUACUGUUCCUGAAGAAAAUAUAAACUAAUUAAAAUAUUAAAUUAAGAAUUGCUUACCUCUUAUUUUUAUGUUGUUUGAAUUUAGCUAUCUAACAAGCUUCCCUAAAUAUGCUAGCAAGAAUUUUUUUCAUGUUUAUUGCAAGAUAAAGUGCUUUUGUAAACCUAAACUACUUGGGCAAUAUGUAGAUUGCCAUCUACUGUAAUCUUAAUUACAUGUAGUUUCUCUUCUGUUUUUCACUUUGGGAUAUCACAAACUUAAUUUUUCUGCUGUAAUUGUAAAUUUGUGGCUUUUUAGAAUUAGUAUGCAAUAACACUAAAAAUGUAAUAUCUUGAAUAACUUGAGAAGUACACUGCAGGACGCUUUCCAGUGUGAUGGUGUUUCUGCUUGGCCUUGACCUGAGAGAGAAUUGUAUAUGGCAUAAUUUUUGUGCUCUCAAAUUUACAGGGUGUUAAUAUAAAUCUAAAAAAGGAGAUCUGGUAAUUAACUUGUUUAUCAGCUGAAGAUUUGGUAACAAAGUAUUUUCUUAUUGAAAAGUUGUCUGAUGUUUAAUUGUUUCCAUAAUGUCACUGAAGGUUAGUACAUUCUAGAAGGCUGUAACAUUUUUCUGAUUUUUUUUAUUUUAUUUUAUUUUUUAUUAGGCAAUUCAUAUUUACAACUUAAAAAAAAAAAAGUCCUAACUCUCACCUUCAUGUCCUCUUUCCAAGGUCCUCUAUAGCAAUUCAGUCUUAAAUUAUGUGGCAGAACUCCUUGGCUUGUGCAGCACUGAACUGCACUACACUGAAAAAAAACUCAGUUGGAUAAACGUAAAUUGAAUUAAAUAUGAUGAAAA